GAAGACAGACUUCUUGCCAGAGGAGGAGGCGGAGGAGAAGAAAGUUUAGAGUAGGAGGCUGAAGAGUCUGGUCAGAUGCGCAGCUUUUCUUGUGAAUGAAAGUUGAGAAGUGGGUCUGAGCCUGUUCUGUCCAGACAUGCGAGAUCAGUGCCUGUCGGGGCCGAGGUGCCACCGGACCUCCGGACCAUGACCUCAGACAGCAAACUCAUGGAGGAGCCGGACAUUGACGUGGAGCGACAGACUGACGGGAGUAAUGAAGUGAAGAACGGAGAUUGUUCUGUGAUCAAUACGAGCAACCAUAAUUUUGAGCAAAGUGUAUCAUCCCUCACUCCUGGAGCUCGUGAGGAGGAAGACUCUGCAGACCGGCUGCAGAAUAGUCCGGGAAAGAGAUCCGCCCCGGUGAAGCCCCCAUACUCUUACAUUGCUCUCAUCACCAUGGCCAUCCUCCAGAGUCCGAAAAAGAGACUCACCCUGAGUGAGAUAUGCGAUUUUAUCAGCCAGCGCUUUGCGUAUUAUCGGGAGAGGUUUCCCGCAUGGCAGAACUCCAUCCGUCACAACUUGUCUCUGAAUGACUGCUUUGUCAAAAUGCCCCGGGAGCCUGGGAAUCCUGGUAAGGGGAAUUACUGGACCCUGGAUCCCAUGUCGGCAGACAUGUUUGAAAAUGGGAGUUUUCUUCGGCGGAGGAAACGUUUCAAGAGGCCACAUUUUAAUUUAGGGACAAUGAAGGACCCCAGGGUAAAGGAGAGCAGCCCCGUGUUUCCUCUCCUCGGGACGCACCGGAUGAGCUCUUGUUUCCAGGGUCAGGAUUUGUACCAAGAUCUGGGUUUAGGAAGUGGAUUUAGUCCCCACACGAGACCCAACAUCCCACCUGUUAGCAGCGUCAUACCUGCACUCUCCUCGCUCCUCUCCAAGAAUUUCCCCUCGUGUAUAACUUUUGAACAUUUCGACCCGGGACGCUGCGCUGCUGUCCCAUCUCUGGCUCCAAACUGGCUCCAAACCCCCCUGCACGGAAUGAUACCCACCUACCCUGUUUCGCAGCUUUCCAAUUUUCCCACUGGGAUCAUCAAAGUAUCGUCUAAUUUAUUUUAAUGUUGGGAUGCCUGCCUGUCUUCUGAAUAUCCUUCCUCGCAGCCUGAGAAUAAAUCCAUGGUACAUUUCAAAUAAAUUCCGAUUUUAAAGAUGGCAUGCAAACAGGCCUCCAACUAUAUUGUUUAUCUGUUUUUCAUAAAGCUAUUGUACAGUCCUUACAUAUUUUAAA